CCCAUCCAUCAUCUCUCUCUCUCUCUCUCCCUCUCUCUCCGUUUCCAUUUCAAAAUUCGGUUCCGAUUUGAUCUACAAUCUACUGAGAGAGAUCUCUCUGUUCACCGAUGUUCAGCGAUGGACCAAUCCCAGCAAAAGGCUACUCCCUCCUCCGUCGACGAGGAUCAGAGAAAAGGCCCCACGAUGGAGCGCAGGAAGACCAUGACCAUGAACUGGGAAGGCCUCGCCGACGACGACGAUGAUGACCGCUUCUUUGAAACCUACGAAAGAAUGUCCACCGCCGUUCCUCAGGAUUUGGCCUCUUCCGGCUCAGACGACGACGAGUUCGACGAUAGUCGGAUGUCUUUCGCUUCGACGAUGUCGGCGGCGCCAGUGGCGGUGCCGGUGCCGGCGAAAGAUUUCCAGUUCAGGCCGCCGGCAUCCUCCAUAUUCGGCGACUACGACAUGUGGAUGGCGGAGCCGGGAUCGAUCAAGGAUCGGCGGCGGAAGCUGCUCCAGGGGAUGGGGCUGACGAGCAACAGGAACCUUCUCAGCGCCAGUGCCAAUUUCAUUCCGACGGCAAUUUCCAAGAAAUUCACCGACGAUCGGCGUAAUGAAACUCCGAACCCCUCCGCGACAGCCGCUGAAUCCUCGUCGUCCGAAGAGCCUAAGCCGGAGCCGGAGCCGCAGCCGCAGCCCGAGCCAGCGCCGGAGCCGGAGUCCGAGCUGCUGCUCGUCCGAUCGAGAUCCGACGGUGACCUCGAAUCAGUCUCCGCAAACACCAGGAAGCGGAAAGAAGAGCUCAUUGGCAACGUAUCGAAGCAGCGCUUAACGAGAACCUCAUCAAUGCUUUCAUCAACACAAGCCGGAAUUAGUCAUUACGCCAAUACAGUCAGAGCAACGCCGAAACGUCACAGAGACGGAUCUUCAAUGUCUAAUGUCGACACGCUGCCAUCAGCAUUCUCGACCGGUCAGUUCGCCGCCUUCUUUCUGAUCAAAGAUUUGGACUCCGGCAAGGAAUUCAUCGUCAAAGAGUACAACAACGAAGGAAUGUGGAACCGGCUGAGCGACGUCCAGACCGGUAAGCAGCUCACCAUGGAGGAGUUCGAGAAAUCAGUCGGUUAUUCGCCGGUCGUCAAGGAGCUGAUGCAACGAGCGAAUAUUUCGAGAAGCCUCGAGGACGGAAGGAAAGUUAACGCGAAUUCAUAUCUCAGUAAGAGUUUCAGAUACAGCAAGAGGAGAGGAUCCGCCCUGUUGAAGAACAUCAAAGGCGUGGCCAAUUCCAUGAGCGGAUUGAUUGCGGAUAAGGAAAGAGAGAUUCCGCCGGCCGAAGAUCCGAAGGCGAACAAGAGCCCGGCUUCGAAAUGGAUUAAGGUUCGGCAGCAGGGAAAAUCGAUGAAGGAAUUCACGGCUCUGCAUUUGUGUCAAGAAAUCCAGGCCCACGAGGGCUCAAUCUGGACGAUCCGAUUCAGUCCGGACGCCCGGUUCUUGGCCAGCGCCGGAGAAGAUCGCGUGAUUCAUGUCUGGGAAGUGCAGGAGUGCGAUGUUAUGUCAUCGAGGUCGCCGGAGGACUUGAAUUCCGGCGCUUCAACUCCGGUUCAUCCCUCGGCCGGAAAUUUGUCGCCCCCUGUCGGAGAUGUUUCGCCAAUGCCGUCGGAGAAGAGGAAGGACAGGCCUCCGAUUCCAGAGCUUUCGUCAAUGCCGUCGGAGAAGAAGAAAAUGGGUAAAUCAUCGAAGAAAAAGAAGGGGAAUCAAAUUCCUGACUAUGUUCAGGUGCCGGAAACUGUGUUCUCGCUGUCGGAAAAACCAGUGUGCUCUUUCAACGGUCACCUGGAUGAUGUUUUGGACCUCUCCUGGUCAAAAUCACAGCUACUGCUAUCAGCUUCAAUGGACAAGACAGUGAGGCUAUGGGAUAUGGAAACCAAGAGCUGUCUGAAGCUGUUUGCACACAAUGAUUAUGUAACUUGUAUACAGUUCAAUCCAGCAGAUGAUAACUAUUUCAUCAGUGGCUCGCUUGAUUCCAAGGUUCGAAUAUGGAGCGUACCAGAUCGGCAGCUCGUGGACUACACUGACCUUCAUGAGAUGGUUACUGCUGCUUGUUAUACCCCAGAUGGCCAGGGUGCUAUGAUUGGCUCACAUAAAGGGAGUUGCCGCUUGUACAGCACAGCUGAUUGCAGCUUAGAACAAAAGAAUCAAAUUGACAUUCAACAGAAGAAGAAGUCUAACGUUAAAAAAAUCACUGGUUUUCAGUUCGGUCCGGAUAACGCUUCUGAAGUGCUCGUUACUUCCGCUGACUCUCGGAUCCGGAUCCUUGAUGGGUCAGAUAUCAUCCACAAAUUCAAAGGUUUCAGAAACACCAGCAGCCAGAUUUCGGCGUCGUUUAGCGCCGACGGGAGAUACGUGGUGUCGGCGAGCGAGGAUUCCCAGGUUUACAUUUGGAGGCGCGAAGAACGAGGAAAAGCGAAAGGCGGCACGGUCAACACCCAAGCCCACGAGCACUUCCCCUGCCGAGAGGUCUCGGUGGCAUUGCCCUGGCCCGGCAGCAUCAAGAGCGCCCCGCCGGUCGUCGGAAUCAGCCAGUCCAAGCGCCAGUCUAAGCGCUCCACUCCUCCCCCUCCGCCAUCCUCCUCCGCCGUCGGCUCUCCCACCCGAGACGACAAGAAGACUCUCCCGCCUCUCCCCAAGGCGAAAAGCGUCUCCGAUAGAGCUCCGACCUGCCCCGAGGAUGACCCUGCUCAAGUUUCCCGCGCCGAUUCCGCUAUCGGAAACGGAAACGGAGAUUCGCUCUCGUCGUCGUCGAUCAGAUACGGCGACUCGCCUUCCAUAUCGGCUUCUCCGAAUUCGCCGUCUCAGUCUUGGUCCUCGGCCGACGGCAAUAGCGGGCAGGCUGUCCAGGCGACGGCGUGGGGGCUGGUGAUUGUGACGGCGGGGCUUGGCGGCGAGAUCAGAGCUUAUCAGAAUUUUGGGUUACCCGUAAAGGUCGGCCGGCAGGCGAAUCUCUUCAGAGAUCUGACAUAAAAGGCAUCAAAUUAAGCUCCAUUCUUUCGUUGAUUCCAUUAAUUCUUUCCUCUUACCUCUCGGAUCAUGUGGAAAUUCUGCACGGGAAAGGAUACUACUUAUGGAUGAGAGUUCCAGUCUAAGCAGUUUUGCUUGUAAAAUGACUGGCUUUGCUUCGCUUCCCUCGUAAUUUAUUUAUUUAUUUAUCUUU